UUUUCCUAUCGACUUUCAAAAAGCGCAUACGCAAUUUCUUAGACACAAUUGUCCUUUCACUGACACUCAUCACCGCCAAAUGUUACCGGCGGUUCCUGAGACCCGGCGGCGCCACCUCCACGACCAUCACGAAACUUCUAAAAAGUUACAUUAACCGCAAAACGAAAUGGCUCAACCUCUCAAACUCAGAGUUUACGGUUUACUGACAAAACUGUCGGACCGUGAUACGUAUUCACAGGCAGCAACCGAACUGGAAUCAAUAGCCUCAACGUUGGAAUCAGCUCUCCUCCCGACAUUUCUCUCCUGUAUUCUUUCUACGAAUUCCUCCGAUAGACUGGGGGUCAGAAAAGAAUGCACCCACGUCAUCACCACUCUGUCGUCGUCCCACAAUUUGUCGCCUUACGUAACCAAGAUCGUCAACAAUCUCACACGCAAUUUCCGUGACAAGAACUCCUCCAUCCAGGCCACGUGCAUAAGCACAAUUUCGUCUCUUUCGUCACGUGUCACUGCGUCGGCAUUUGUCACUAUUUUGAAGUUGCUGUCCGACGCGCUUUUCACGGAGCAGGAUAUGAAUGCGCAGGUCGGUGCGGCGCUGUGCCUGGCUGCAGCGAUCGAUGCGGCGCCGGAUCCAGAUGCGGGGAGGCUGGGCAGGUUGUUGGCGAGAUUGGAGAGGUUGGUGAAGAAUGAACGGUUCAAGGCCAAAGCAGCAGCUUUGGUGGUGGUUGGGAGUGUGAUCGGAUCGGGUGCGGCGGGUGGGGAGGGGCUGAAGGGGCUGAUAAGCUGUUUGCUUGGGUUUUUGAGUAGUGAUGAUUGGGCGGUGAGAAAAGCCGCAGCGGAGGGGCUGUGGAGGUUGGCCGCGGUGGAGAAGGAUUCGGUAGCUGAGUUUAAGGCCAAUUGCUUGAAAGUUUCUGAGAGUAGGAGAUUUGAUAAGGUAAAGGCUGUUAGGGAGGUCAUGAAUCAGAUGAUAGAGGCAUGGAAACAAGUUCCAGAUAUACCGGAGGUGUCCCAGCCACUACAAUCGCAUUGUUUAUCCAAAGAAAAUGCAAGUGAUGGAAGAUAUCUAGUUGGCCCGAAUAAUUUCACUUCAGGUCUUGAGUUGCAGAGGAAAUCGAUUUCAGCUGGCAAGUCAACUCCACCUGAUGGUUCAUUUGCAAACACUGUUAGGAAGAGAGGCCCCUUUAAGAAAACGAGUCAGGAAAUUUUCCAAAAGCUGGAGCAUAAAAAACCUUCAAACUGGAAAGUUGAGAUUUCUGUUCCUGGUUCUGCUUCUUUAAUGGAUGCUGAGGAUGAUGUCAUGGAAAGAGAUGGGAAUGCCUCAGAAAGAAGGAAGAAUGAGAAAACUAGGCCUCCAAAGCCUGAUACAAAACGUGCCCUUUUCAACAAGAGUUCUGAUGACAGGAUGCACAAAUUUGGAGGGUUGAGGUCUGGAUCUCGGGUUGUCCCAUGUCAUGAGGAGAGCCGAGAAAAUACUCUUGUAUUUAGUGAUAAUUGUGAGAAUCUGCAGAUGAAUCAUAAGGACUGUGAAGAUUUAUCUUUGAUCCGCAAUCAACUUGUUCAGAUUGAAAAUCAACAAUCCAGUCUACUAGAUCUCCUUCAGAGAUUCAUUGGUAGCUCACAAACUGGGAUGCACUCUUUGGAGACACGUGUUCACGGCCUUGAGCUGGCACUAGAUGGGAUAUCGUAUGACUUGGCUGUAUCAACUGGAAGGAUGACCGAUACUGACUCCCAGGGAACCACAUGUUGUCUGCUACCUGGUGCUGAAUUUUUAAGCUCCAAAUUCUGGAGGAAGACAGAAAGCCGAAGUUCAACCUCGAGAUUUACUUCUUCUGGUGGCACCUCAUCAUGCAGUGCUAUGCAUCACAGAACUGAUAUUAAUGGAAACUCCGGAACUCUUAAUUUACAGAAUCGUAAGUUGAGGUAUCAGGGCGGUGGGUUCAUUGUGAAUCCAUUAGCAGAAAUUUGCACUGAUUCAAGGGGUGUAUCAGAGGUGGCACAUCAGUAACCAGUGGAAUCAGUAGCAGGUGUGAAGUUAGCAGGUCAUGAAGGAAUCAUUAUACGCGUGAUAGUUGGUGAAAAUACUCUUAUGUAAGGGAUAUAUCUGAGGGCCAUUACUGAGUACAUGGAUUCAGGUUUUUCUUUUUCUUUUUCUCUUUACUUUCCCAUGAAAGUAGUCCUCUUAGUCAGCAGUCAGGGGAUCAAGAAGCAUAUUCAUUCAAUAAUUCUUGAAUUCAAUUAGCUUUUUUUUUUUGGUUUUUAAACUUUUCAAGUAAUUCGAAGACUGAAAGAAGAGUAAUCACUUUACACCAAAUGUUUCCACCAAGUGUGAGAUGUGUAUAGAUUAGGGCAGCCUUUUCGCCCUCCUGACGGUUAGCUAGUCAUUUUCUUUCGUUGUAGCUUGAAUAUGAAAUGGAAAUGAUUCUCGUGAUUAAUUAUGGUAUCUUUAAGCA